ACGUGCUUAGCCCGAUGAUCCAAAACGGGGGCAUUUGCACCACUUCCCCUCAUUUUUGACCGAUACCCCGUAUUCGUCGGGGGCCUCGGUACCCGUUUACGACGGAAUGAGGCUAUACAAAGUUGUAAUACCAUACCGCUUUAAGCGACCCACCAUGCGGGGCGUUAUAAUUCCGCCCAUGACAUAAGUAGCAAUAGCAUCCUACCUGAGAUGAGUGAGGAUAUGAAAGGGACACGUCUAUUAAGGCGGUUGUCGCGGCUAAGUUUGUCUGAGGAAUCGCAUUGACGGACAUGGCUUGUUCGUACGCUUUCGUCGUCGCUUUGGCGGCUUCUAUUGCAGGAGCCGCCAACGUUGUCGAUCUAUCCGAAUCGACUUGGUCACUUAAGAAUGACACCAUGAAUGUCUCUAUUCCCGGAAAAGUCCCGUCCCAUGCACAUUUGGAUUUAUUGGAAUCGGAAGUGAUAUCGGAUCCAUACUACGGACUCAACGACUUUGACCUGCGAUGGGUUGCGCUCUCUUCCUGGAAUUACACCACACAACUAUCUGGACUGUCAACCGAUGAAAAUAUCAAAACGUUCCUCUUGUUCAAUGGCCUUGACACAUACGCUGACAUUAAACUUUGCUCGCAACCUGUGGCGAGUACGAAUAACCAGUUCCGCCAAUACUUCUUCGAUGUCACGGAUAUUCUGUCCGGUUGUGGAUCCGACUCUCCUGAGCUUCAAGUCGGAUUUGGAAGUGCGCCGAAAAUUGCCGAGGCUAUCGCAAAUCAGCCAGGACAGGAGACGUGGCCGGAGGGAGUCGAAGUUGUCUUCGAAUUCUCGAAUCGCCAGUUUAUUCGAAAGGAGCAGUCUGACUUUGGUUGGGACUGGGGUCCAGCGUUUGCUCCAGCGGGAAUUUGGCAGAAGGCGUGGGUCGUGCAACUUGGCGAAGGCGAGAUAUAUGUUCGCAACUCGCUGCUGGAUAUAUAUCGCGAAGGACAAUUGAACAACCUUCCUCCUGAUCAGAGCGCUAACUGGGUUUUGAAUGCGAGCAUUGAUGUGAUCGGUGUUGUGCCGGAAGGGGCGAAGCUGAAUUUUAAUAUUGUCGACAUCGCUACUCGAGAGCAGGUUAGUAGUGGAGAAUUGGCAAAUGUUACAAACCAUGGUGACGUUAUUACUGGUUCUACUACCCUGUCUGCGGAUGACUAUAAGUUAUGGUGGCCAAAUGGAUUAGGGGAUCAGAAUCUGUACAACGUCACCAUUGAAAUCGCGUCGGACUCGGGCGAGAGUAUAUCCACAAUAACGAAGAGAACAGGGUUUAGGACAAUUGUCUUGAAUACGAGUCCUGUUUCUGACGAGGAGAUAGCCAAGGGAGUGGCUCCAGGCGAUCAUUGGCAUUUUGAGAUAAAUGGCCAACCAUUCUUCGCUAAAGGAAGCAACAUUAUCCCACCGGAUACAUUCUGGCCACGAGUAACUCCGGGCAAGGUGAGACAACUUUUUGAUGCAGCAAUCGCUGGAAAUCAGAAUAUGCUUCGUGUCUGGUCAAGCGGUGCCUAUUCGCCCGACUUCAUGUAUGACCUUGCAGAUGAAAUGGGACUUUUGCUUUGGUCAGAGUUCGAGUUUGGCGAUGCGCUUUAUCCUGUCGAUGCGGACUUUCUCGAGAAUGUCCGACAAGAAGCCGUGUACCAGGUCCGACGCACCAAUCAUCACCCUUCUCUCGCCCUCUGGGUUGGCGGUAACGAAAUCGAAGUGUUCCUUGCAUAUUUCAUCAAACCCCUGGGACCGGAGAUACUCGAGCGUUACACAAACGAGUAUGAGACUCUGUUCUUGGACACGCUAAUACCGGCUCUCUUCGGCAAUAGCCAUAGUAUCUCGUACUCAGCAGGUAGCACGGGGAACGGGACACAGUCCAUCGACUUUAGCAAGCCGAUCCCCAUCAGCCUGCGUUACACCAACACUACUCCCGGAUCUAUCUAUGGAGACACCGAUUAUUACAACUACGACCCAAUCCAAGGAUUCAACCUAUCCACGUACCCAGUUGGUCGAUUCGCCGUCGAAUAUGGCUUCCACAGCAUGCCUAGCAUCCACUCCUGGCGCCAAGCUGUCAAUGAAGCGGAUCUGCAUUUCAACAGCUCGACCAUCAUGCUGCGCAACCACCACUAUCCAGUCCAGAGCCUCAACACGAGCUACUUCGUGAACUCGGCCAAGGGUAUGGGCGAGAUGACCACCGCCGUCCAGGCAUACUACCCGGUCCCCGCAAAACAAGACUCCGUGGCGAAUUUCUCGGCUUGGUGUCAUGCGACACAGAUUUUCCAGGCUGACUUUUAUAAGAGUCAGAUCCAGUACUACCGUGCCGGGUCCGGGCGCCCGGAACACCGGCUCGGGAGUUUGUAUUGGCAAUUGAAUGAUAUUUGGCAGGCGCCGAGUUGGGCCGGUAUUGAGUAUGAUGGGAGAUGGAAGGUUCUGCAUUAUAUCGCGAAGGAUAUAUACCAACCUGUUGUCCUGGCGCCGCAGUUCGACGUUGAUACAGGUAUUCUAAAAAUUUACGCUGUGAGUGAUCUGUGGAGUGAGGUUAAGGGGAAAGCUAGUCUUGGCUGGAUUGGUUGGGAUGGAAGUGUUGUUAAUACAGAUUUGGGAGAUGUGGAGUUUACGAUUCAGCCGAUUAAUGCCACGGUGAUAGCGACGUUGGAUAUUAGGGAGUUGACAUCAAAUGGGACUGUUGAUGCGAAGGAUGUCUUGUUGGUGGCGAACCUUACGGCGACCGGGACACCGCCGAAUACGGAGACUACGAAGACGUAUACGCAUACUAAUUGGUUCACACCUACACCAUUAGCGUCAGCGUCGCUUAUGGAUCCGGGGUUGAGCGUUGAAUAUGAUAGCGGCGCGGAUGAGUUUGUGGUUCGCGCUGAGAAGGGGACAAGUGCUUGGACCUGGAUUGCUUUGGGGGAUGGUGAUGCUGAUGAGACUAUCGUCGCAUUUGACAACAAUGGGUUCUUACUAAGAAAAGGGGAGGAGAAGCGUCUUGGAUAUAAAUUGAUUGGCAAUAAUGCUGAGAAAGAGGGGUGGAAGGAUAGGGUUGGUGCUACUAGCAUCUGGGACAAUACUUUGUCAUGAUAUGUCCCAUUGAUGUUGAGUGUAAGCAAAUGUCUAGGCAUCAUACUGCUUCCUAAUUCUCAUUAGACCAUUUUAAUUCGCAGAGUCUUCCUUUCUA